AUGGAUCGACCACCACCAGCAGGAUCCGUUAGGAGAGCAAGGGAGCGGGCUGCGGCUGGGCUUCCGAGGGAAGAUGGUCUACCAUCAAGGGCGAUGCCUGGCGACGAAGAACCACAGAUAGCGCGGCCAUCCAUGGCACGUCAAACUCCAAUGGGACCGACUGCUGGACAAUCACGACUCCCGAGACCUCAAGCACCACUGGGAAUGCAGACCAGGAAUGGGCAAAUCGGUGUGGCUAUUUCAAAACCGACACAGAUUCCCCAGUGGCCGCUGCAAGGCCCCGUGGCGGCCGCUUCUGGCGCAGGUGGUGAGCCAUACCGACCUCCCCCUGGAAAAUCUCAACCGCCUCAACGACCCCCACGUCCCUCAAGAGUCCCCUCGAUUCUUGACAGCUCCAAGAUACAGGACCAUACUCCCGUCUUUCAAUACAGACCUCAGUCCGGAAGGGAAUCUGUGGGCAUGGAACUGUUAUCGGUGCCGGAGACUCCUUCGAGUCUCUCACGGCAAUCCACGCUAUCCUCCGUUGUGUCAAUUCCCGACUUUCCUAUUCCGGCGCAGCUCCCCCCCGGCCCUCCACGACGGAGUGUAAAUCUCGGUCCCCCGCCAUCAGCGAGGCGCGGUGCAUCUUCAUUCUACUCAAAUGCCUCAUAUGUCUCGCCAAUUCCCGAAGAAAGCCCCCGUUCGAGAUCCCGCGCCUCAUUCGCGUCGAGCGCGGCGAUGCCUGAAAGCUGGGGAACACCAUCCCCAGGCCCUAGCCCUGAUUACCCAGAUGCGGACUUUGACGACACAAUAGUGGAGGAAGGGCCAUCCACCUUCGAGGAAGACGAUGCGGAGGAUAGCAGGCUUGUAAGAAGUGCGAGUUUGGGCAAGCGAGCAAAAGCUACGCUGGUUGGUGCGACGGCUCCUCGGGGCGUGGAUGGGAGUCAACGACCUGGCCUGGCCCCAGUUCAAUCCGAGCCCUUUAAGGAUGGGACAGGAUACUUGGAGAACUCCAGUUCGUCUAGUACGCUUCAGACAACGAGAGGGGUGGCUGGUUCUUCGCUCACGGCGGAUGCCAUACUCAAUGCGUAUUCAUCCGCAAGUGCAACCGAUACGUCCAGCCCUUCGUCGGUUCCAAUGCCGUCACCUCAACCUCCCUCGAAUGGCCGCCCUUUCAGUCGACUAUCGGCAAUACGGAGACCGCCGCGUCUAGAUUUGGACGCCGUGAAAAAAGCCGAGUCGCGAGGAAGCUUGACCAGCUUGCCAGACUUGAUACGCCGUGCAACAAGAUUAGCUGCCAGCCUCGAGAAGGGUAGGAGACCAGCCAGCCGAAUUGAUGACCUUGAUGGUUAUUCGGGACAAGAUGACUACGGGGCUGAGAAAGAUGCUUCCUACGAUGGCGAGAAACACCGUUCUGGUUUUUCAGAUAUGCUUGCUGCUUUUCCACCUCCUGCUCAGGCAGCUGCGGGCACCAGUCGCCGCAGUUUCCGCGAGAGCAUUCGAGACCAAGUUCAGUCUUGGCCUUUACCCUUUAAUUCUAAUCGCACACCAAACACCUCUCAGGAAGCAAUACCGAAUUCCAGCUCACGAGGCUCAGGAUCCAAAGAAGGGCGCAGAUGCUGCGGCCUACCACUCUGGGGUUUCAUUGUGGUGAUGAUUGUGGUCCUGCUCCUCAUCGCGGCCGCCGUGGUCAUUCCUGUCGAGUUCUUCAUUGUCCGCAAGCAAAACGUGGACCGUGGAAGCCAGCAGGCGGCCCUAGAUCAAUGUCAAGCUCAGCUGGCCUGCUCGAAUGGCGGCACCAAUGUCGUUAACCAGGGCAUUUGUUCUUGCAUAUGCAAGAAUGGAUUCACUGGGUUCAAUUGCGCAGUCGCAGGCUCAAUCGGCUGCAGCUCGAUCUCGCUUGCUGGCGGCAACAAUCUUGACAACGUCACCGUGGGAGACGCCAUUCCCCGCUUAAUCCAACAAGCACAAACCAAUUUCUCGAUUCCUCUCUCCGGCACUGAGAUAGUUGCGAAGCUCAAUGCAGGUAACAUGAGCUGCGCGGCCGAGAACGCACUAGUAACUUUCGACGGUCAAGCGACGCGCGAUGGUGCCGCUCUAGCUCAAUCACAGGGCGUCGUCAACGCUGUCAAUGUGGUCAACGGUGUUGCUAUGAUUACAAUAACCAUCAUGGUUGGGGAAUUUACCACAUUUACUGUGAGCCCCGCUACUGCAGACCGGGCCACGUCGGACCAAGCAUCACCCCAAGUUGUGGCAACUACUCAGGCUGGCGGUGGAGUGGGUUUCACUACUCUGAUUACUGCUCCUGGCACGUUUGCUACAACAAUAUCCCUCGGAAGGUCCACACGCCCGUACACAACGAGUACCGUAACAACUACGAUGCCAAUGGCACCCAGUACGCCAAAUCCGGCCCCGACAGCCACCUUCAACGUUACGGAAGAGGUUCUUGACUUUGCUCGAGUUGCAGUCCUCUUCAUUCUCCAGAAGGAAUCGCUUGCAAAUGCCGAAACAGCCCAGAACACACUUCAAAAAUUCUUCACCUCUUCUACUCCCGGAGCUAGCGUGUCAAGCAGCGCGGUGAGCGUCCAGGUGGCAAGCAAUGUGACGGUCGGGAAUGGAAACUCGGUCGAUCUCGUCAACUUCUUCGUCGACACGGGCGCUACCGCUGGUAAGGUUGGCGGAAGGUCGGCACUCAAUGCACGUAGCUUUUCGAGAGCCAUGCGAUAUGGCCGAAUCCCGCCCCCCAUUCGGCUCGGGUAA